AUGUGCGGGCUUUCUGCGUUCAUCACGGCAACGCCGCAGAGGAAGAAAAAGGUCGAAAAACAGCUCGAUGCCAGUCUAGAUAUCAUCAAGCAUCGGGGCCCGGAUGCUCGUGGUGUUUAUUUUAGUCCCGACUACCGCGUGGGCCUUGGCCAUGUUCGUCUGUCGAUUAUCGAUCUCAGCCCGGAAGGCAACCAGCCGUUUGUCGAUGAAUCUGGUGGGAUCUACGCUGUCGUCAAUGGCGAGCUAUACGACUAUGAAAAAUACCGCGCUGAACUCUCCGACACAUUCACCUUCAAGGGCCACAGCGACUGUGAGAUUGUCAUCGCCUUGUAUAAGAAGUACGGCAUUUCCUUCCUCUCCCACCUCCGCGGCGAGUUCGCUCUCGUGCUAUGGGAUGCAAAGCGGGAACUGCUCCUUGCCGCCCGAGAUCGAUAUGGAAUUAAGUCACUCUAUUAUACACUCGUGAAUGGGAGGCUGCUGGUAGCAACAGAGAUGAAGUCGUUUUUGGCGCUGGGUCUGAAGCCAGAGUGGGAUGUUUAUAGUCUCAAGGAUCAGAGUUGGAUGUUUGGGAAGAGGACGUUCUUGAAGGGGGUUAGGAGGGUGCUGCCGGGUCAUUAUAUGAGUUGUAGGCAUUUUGGAGAGACGGAGCAGAAGAUUUAUUGGGAUGUCGAGUAUCCAGAUAAGACCGUGAAAGAAACACGGACCGAAGAAGAAUGCAUCAAAGGCGUUCGAGACCGUUUAUUCGAAGCGAUUCGAGUGCGACUCCGAGCUGACGUCCCUGUCGGCGUCUAUCUCAGCGGAGGACUCGACUCGUCCGCCGUCGCCGGCAUAAUCGCCCAUCUAAUGAAAGAAGAGGGAGCAAAACUCGGCGACGAAGCAAGCGGCGAACUCAAACGUCUCAAAGUCUUUACCGUCCAGUUCGACAAAGACAGCGGCGUCGAUGAAUCCGACAUCGCCAAACGCACCGCCGACUGGCUCGGCGUCGACUUCCACCCGAUCAGGAUGACCGAAGAGUCCAUCGCGAGCCGCUUUGAAGAUGUGGUCUGGCACAGUGAGGCGCCCUUUGCCGAUACGAAUGGGACGGGCAAGCUGGCCAUGGCGGAAAUGGUGCAUUCACACGGCAUCAAAGUCGUCAUCACUGGUGAGGGCGCUGAUGAGAACUUUGGCGGAUACUCGUUUCUGGUGCCGGAUCGGUUCCGUGAGCCUGAUCUUACAUGGGCAUCUCCUAUCCCAACGGCGGAACAGCUGAAGACUGCUAUUUCAAAACUGAUAUGGAGUGGGGAGACGGUGAAUGAAGGGCCGCCGUCUGCGAGGAAUAUGUCCAACAACACAUGCACAUCUAACAAUAUUGCCUUUGUCAAUCAGCUACCCAUGGCAGACUGGACGGAUGGUUUACUGACAGAACACCCUGAAACCGCUCUGGUGGAGAGUCUAGACAGCCAUGCUCUAUCCUCGAUGAUGUACAAGUGGCAUCCACUGCAUACAGCGCUGUACAUCACGACCAGAAUCGGACUGGCAAACGCCCUCCUCCGCUAUCUGGGCGAUAAUAUUGACAUGGUGCAUCACGUUGAAAGCAGAACCCCCUUUCUCGACCACCAUCUGACACAAUACGUCAACAGUCUGCCCCCGGCUCUGAAGAUCCGCUAUGAUCCGGACACAGGCAAUAUGUCCGAAAAGUACAUUCUCAAAGAAGCCGUCAAACCAUUCAUCACAGACGAGAUCUACGGCCGGCAGAAGAAGCCAUUCCUCGGCCCGCCCCGGUUUAAAGAAAACGGACCGUUCCAUUUAAUGAUAAGCAGGCUCAUUACGAAGACGAAUAUCGAGGGAUUAGGAUUUAUCGAGUGGAAGGUGGCCAAGAAGCUAUUCGAUAAUGCGUUUACUGCCAAUGAUGGCGUGGCACUGCGGAGUGUGUUUCUGAUUGCGCAGAUGGUGGUGCUGGGACAGAGAUUUGGCAUUAAGACUGCUGUUCCUGAAUGA